UGUAUUACGUUUGUGUUCCACUGUGAGGAUGGAAGGCCUUUGACAACUGGAGACCUGGAGCAGUGAGCGGGUCGGGCGAUAAAAUCCAUUUCCAUCUUCUUAAUAGAGGGAAAAAAGGAACAUGAAAUUUAGAAGAACAUAAUCUACAGUCUCCAAGCUUCCGUUUGGGGUGAAUAUUGUGGUGUUUUAUUAGCUGGUACUUUAGAAAAGUGAUGGUGAAAACUGAAGUCCGAUUAACGGAUCUGAAUUCUUCUCAGGGAUUUGGGAGGGUUGGUGGAGUGGCGUGAAGUUGAAAUAAAAAAGAGGGGAUUGGAGGUGUUCAGCAGGAGACGACGGGUUUUAGUUCGGUGACGAGUUUUUGUACUUUGGUUUGUGGUUUGUUAAAGAAAAUAGCUGUCCUGCUAGUUAGCAGGUAAAUUGUCAUCACAGCCAUGGACCUCCGAGUGGGAAACAGAUACAGACUGGGCAGGAAAAUUGGAAGUGGAUCUUUCGGUGACAUUUAUUUAGGCACUGACAUUUCAGUUAGGGAGGAAGUGGCCAUCAAGCUCGAAUGUGUGAAGACAAAGCAUCCUCAGCUUCACAUUGAGAGCAAGAUCUACAAGAUGAUGCAGGGAGGAGUUGGGAUCCCUACCAUAAAGUGGUGUGGUGCAGAGGGGGACUAUAAUGUGAUGGUCAUGGAGUUGCUGGGACCCAGUCUGGAAGACCUUUUCAACUUCUGCUCCAGGAAAUUCAGCCUUAAGACUGUUCUACUGCUUGCUGAUCAGAUGAUCAGCCGCAUAGAGUACAUCCACUCGAAGAACUUUAUCCACAGAGACGUAAAGCCUGAUAACUUCCUCAUGGGACUCGGGAAGAAAGGAAACCUGGUCUACAUCAUUGACUUCGGUCUAGCCAAGAAGUACAGAGAUGCUCGCACCCACCAGCACAUUCCAUACAGAGAGAACAAGAACCUGACUGGCACCGCCCGCUACGCUUCGAUCAACACCCAUCUGGGCAUAGAGCAAUCUCGGCGUGACGACCUGGAGUCUUUGGGAUAUGUGUUGAUGUACUUUAACCUGGGUUCACUGCCGUGGCAGGGCCUGAAGGCUGCCACCAAGAGACAGAAAUACGAGCGCAUCAGUGAGAAGAAAAUGUCCACGCCUAUUGAAGUGCUGUGCAAGGGCUACCCCUCUGAAUUUGCCACAUACCUCAACUUCUGCCGCUCAUUACGUUUUGAUGAUAAGCCUGACUACUCCUACCUCAGGCAGCUUUUCAGGAAUCUGUUCCACAGACAGGGCUUCUCAUACGACUAUGUCUUUGAUUGGAACAUGCUCAAAUUUGGUGCUAACCGUGCAGCAGAGGAGGCAGAGCGAGAGAGGCGAGACCGUGAGGAGAGGCUGAGGCACAGCAGGAAUCCUGCUGCAAGUGGCAUCCCAUCAGCCUCUGGGAGACCCCGUGGCACACAAGAUGGCGCUCCACCGACACCUCUCACUCCCACGUCACACACAGCAAACACAUCCUCCCCACGUCCUGUAUCUGGUAUAGAUCGGGAAAGGAAGGUGAGCAUGAGGCUUCAUCGUGGUGCUCCUGUUAACGUCUCUUCAUCAGACUUGACAGGACGGCAAGACACUUCGCGCAUGUCCACUUCACAGAAUAGCAUUCCCUUCGACCAUCACGGCAAAUAGUUGCUCAUCACGUCCUAGUGUGAAGGCGGCAGCACCUGAUUCCGAAUAAAUUUCCCAGAAGUCUCCACUCUAAACCAUGGAGUGCAGAGGAUGUGGCAGACUCAUGGCUCUUCUUGUAUAGCAACGAAGCGGGGCAGACUGUGUCUCUAACCAACGAAACCAAAAUGGUUCAGAAUCAGCUUGACCUCUUUAAGGGUCUCUAUUUUGCUCUUACUUUAUCUUUUACUGUCUCUUACUCUCCUUUUUCACUCUGGUAUAUGUGCACACAAAUGGACGAUUUUAUGAUCAUUCCUUGUCUAAGGACGUGUUGAGACUGAACUAACAAAGAUUGAAUAAACCAGCUAAACUCCAGUGUCCUUUACACUGGUGGCUCUGUUCAUACUAGUACUUUAUCUGUACAUCCACACUGCUGCAUAACCCAUCAUUUAUGGAUUUUCUGAUAAGGUUUGUGUUUAAGUUUACUUGAUUCCAACAUGGUGUACUGCGCCCCCCCCCCCCCCAUUUUUUUUUUUUUAAAUCAAUCCUUCCCAUGUCCUAAAACACACUCUACAAGGCUCCAUAUAUAGAAGUAUUACCAUGCUUUUAUUUUACCCGUUGUAAUUCUUUUAUAUUUUGGUAAUUCUGUUUGUAACUGGUGAGUGGUGCAAGAUGGGUUACUGCUGCAUGCUCAUGUUUGUGUUUUACUUCAAAGAGCUAAGGGGCCAAAUUUCAGAAUUUCUAACUCAUAAUUUGAAAAAAAAACUUUAUUGGUUGACUUGCUGAGCUUGGACCCUAGACCAUACAUUUAACAGGACCUUGUGGAACACUCCUGUUUUGUUUAAAAUCCCCCCCCCCCCCCCCCCCCUUCUUCGGACAUUUUCUAAGGUAUAUUACUGCUCCUUACCUUGUUGGAGCUCUGUUUUGUUUCUAAGCUGUGAAAAUUGUAAUAUAUCUGUGUAAAUGUUUCCAUUUUUCACCUAAAAGAGACUACAAAUGGGAUGCAAAUUGCAGUAAGAAUCCAGAAACAUUACGGGUUUUUCAUUCCCCCAAGGCCUUUUUUUUUUUUUUUUUUUAAAUUAAAAAGUUGUACACCAAGCCAAUAAAAUGAAGUGCUGGAUGUGACAGGUAUUACUGGUACUACAGGCUCCGCUGUUGACUGUUGCACAUCAUGCACAUAAGCCAUCAAUUGUUUAAGGUUGCAGUCAGUGAGAUGAUGCUUUCCACAGCAGCCUAGCUGUCAAGGUUGAAUACGGAGUCCUCGCGAAUAAAUACUCCAGCACUGAUUUGGCUCUAUAGAUUGAUCUAAAAUGUGAUGUUUGUUACAGAAAGCGUGUUCUGAGCUGCUUUAUUCAUGUCCUAAUGAAGAUCAGUGUGUGGACCGGGGAAAGCUGCGCCUAGAAUAGCAUGCUCUUUUCUUUGAUGUGUCUGAUACAUGACUGUGUACUAGUUCUAAUGUACCUGUUCUGUUUUGAAGAGGGCGUGUGAGUGAGACCUGAAUACGGAUGGCACUGCUGGAUUCCUUAAGCCCUUUGCCAUUUUGGGUUUCAUAUUUUUUGGUCUUGUCAUGCCAAUCUUUUGAGCCCUUCUACAGUUUGUAUCACUGUAUUUGUGCACCACAUUUUUUUUUGUACAUGUGUAAAUAAACAAGUUACUUGUAUUAUUUUAA